AUGGCCGGAAUUGGUUCUCCAGAGCUCGACGGCCCCCUUCCCAAGCCAGCAGUCACCAACAAUCCACCAGAAAACACUCUCGAAUCCGAGCCCCGGAAGCACCGCCCUCCGUAUAAAAUCCAAAGUGCCAAGGAAUUUGGACCAGUCAAGUGGCGUGGCCACUGCCUGUGUGGAAAAGUCUCCUAUGUCCUAAAGCGAGACAAGCCAUUAGAAUCCAAGUAUUGUCACUGCCGCGUGUGUCAAGUCAACCACGGUGCACCGUUCCAAUGGGCAUUCAUCAUCUACAAGCACGAGAUGUCAUUCCUUACGGGUGCACAUGGUGUGUCCCGUUAUGAAACCCCGCAUGAAUCGCAGAUGUACGGUCCACAUACCAAGGUUUCGUGUUCCAGCUGUCACACGCCAAUUAUGGAUGAAUGCGAAAAUGUGUGCCUGAUCUUCCCUCAAUUAAUUGAGAUUACUGGAUCGAAUGGCGAGCAGAGGAAACAGAGGGAGGUGUUUAAGCCAAAAUGCCAUGUAUUUUAUGAGUCGCGCAUGGAGGAUAUUCUUGAUGGUCUCCCUAAGUGGAGGGAGAUUGACGGUACCAGUGGACUACUGGACGACUACGGCAAUCAGAUCCCAAAUCGAUGA